GCGGGAAAGGCAGAGGCUUCAAAGCCCUCUGUGGAUAUGCUGCCGGCUGCGCCAUCGGGAGCUUCCAUUGCCCUGCCCAAGGGGGGCACGGCACCCAGUUCUUCGACUGGACCAUCGCUGGAGAAGACGCAGCUGGAGGCCUUGACUGGUUGCUUGGCGGCUGUCAAGGACACGCUGCCGACAGAAGUUCGCGAGACACUGGAGCGACUCCAGCUGGCUUCCUCGGCCAACAAUACCAAGGACAUGCACCGAGCUGUUGCUGCACAGGCAACUGCCAAAAAGCAGUUGCUACAAGUCCAGAAUGCGCGGGCCUCCUAUUUGGAGGCAUGGAACUCCUAUGUGAGCCAAGUGACCCAGCUGCUGAAGAAGCAGGUAGAGGAACAAGCGGCGCAACUGGAGUCCUACGACGAGGCGGAGCUGCAGUGGAGUGGAGCUCUCGAGCAGACUACGGCCGACUUGGCCGACCUGGCACGCCUCGCGCGCAAUCCCGCCUCUUCCCGCAACGAGACAGACGAGGAGGAGAUGGAUGGCGAGGACAUGGUCAUCGCGGAUAUCCAAUCGGCCAAGGAGCUCGAGCAACGGCGCGAGUCCCAGCUGGCCGAUUCAAGACAGUUGGUUUCGAUGAUGGAGUCAGUACAGCAAGCUGCUACAAGACAGCUGAAGCAAGAAGGCAGAGAGGGCUCGCGGACACCGAGACGCAAGAGCCGCGAGGGCGAGGUUACCGACCUGACCAAGGACGACGAUGCAGCCAAGGCCAAAGCCGAGAAGGUGCCUUUUGGGCACAGCGUGGUGAAUGAGACUGACUAUGUGGCGCCCUUCUUCGCUGCCUUUUUGGGUGUGUCGUUGAGUUUUGAAAUCGCCAUUGAUGAGCUAGGCAUAGACCUGACUCAUACCUAUGCCUGGGAUCCACGUGCUGACGCCGCUUCGGUUGAGGAUUUGCACUGGGCUCACUGGGCUCCACCUGAGGUUGAGGAUGACCUGGGGUGCAUUUACUAUGAGGCUUUGGCUGGCCAGCAGCCACGUGAGCGGAAGGGGCGUACGCUCACCGGUAUUGAACGUUCUUCACUGCCUUUCCACCUUCCCUCGCAGCGCAUGUCUCUGCUCGGGGUUGAGAGAGAUGCAGGCAGUGGGUGUGUUUCUCAGGCGGUGAGGGUUACGCCCUUUCAGAGCUCUGCUGAGGGCAAUUUCGUUUGUACGGUUGGCCCUGCUGCAAAGGCGCUUAGCCGUCCUGUGAGCAUGGUGAGUGACCUUCAGGACGAGCAAGGCCACACAAUUGACCGACUUGGAGCCGACUGCGAAGUCGAGUGGCUUGCACUGCGCCCCGUGGACCCUGCCAAUCCACUGGGACUUGCGGUUGAUUACAUUGGUGGUCCUGGCGCGGUCCUGCGCGUGCCGUUGCCGGUCGCACAACCUUGCGGCAGCAGCUCCACCACAUGCACCACCACUGCCGUGCAACCUUUGGCGUUUCAUGGUCAGGCACUUACUGCUGCCGAGGUGGCUGUUCUUCCUGAAGAGUUGAUCAGCCAUGCAGACCGCGCCACCUCCUUAAGCAGUGCACAAGGUCUGCGUGUGUUCUUUCAAAAUGCAGCAGCCCCGCAGCGCCGUUAUGUCUUGUUUGAGAGAGUGGGGCACAUGCACGUGCGCAGACUGGGCGUGACUUGGACUUUGGAGGAUGUUGUGCGUGACGUGAUGUCAGUUGUGCCCAUGCUACGAUGCAUCCAGAUUCUUCACAGUCCGCUGGACAGACUGCCUAUCUUGCAGAUCGCUGCUACGGAGCUCGGAUGGCCCAUGGGCCCCCUGGCUGUGCCUUUUGACUUGAGAGGCGCUGGGUUGUCUGUUUGUACCAUGGUCAUUGGUGCGGGGCUCACUCAACGAAACCUGCAUGAUGCUGUCUGGGCAGAGUGUACUGAGGGCCGCAGCGGCGUCCCGGAUGCUGUGCCUUUUGUGGAUGCACUAGGCCGUGGAGGUCAUACGCGGCACCCGAUUUCGGAAGCUCAAUUUUAUACCCCGGCCUUCCCUGCUGUGUGGACACAAGACCCCGCCGUCGCGCAAGCUGUCUCUGAGGAUGCCGAUAGCCCGCGCAGCCAGCUGAGUGCGGGCUUCCCUGCGUUUGGACAGGAGUCCACUACUACCACUACGGGUGCCAUGCAAUGGGCAGGCCUGCGCAUUACCAGGCAAGGAAUUGAUCGCACUGAAGAGCACCGCCUAGCCGCGCAUGUCCAGCUUGUCGUUUUUACUGCCCACUCUGUUGAAUAUGGGCCUCACAGCCCCAUGGGUGCACAACUUGCCGACGCCCUCGCGCCUUUGCUCGCUCAGGUCCUUGAAAGGGGCCAUGGGCCUCGAAUGGGCUACCUGCAAGCCACAAGGGUCCUGCCUAUGCUUGAAGGUGGUGCUUGGAUGGUACCAAUUAUCUGGGCCGAGCGGACUGGCACACACGUGCAGGUCAUUCUGGACUCGCGUUGGGGCGAUGGUGACAUUCAGUUACUGACCCUGCCUUUGGGCACCACAGCAGACCAAGUUCUCCCAUUUUCAUUUCAGAGCCAGGGUUGGGCCCUUUCGGUGAAUGGAGUUGGUGCUUCCUCACUGCGGCGAUCGUUGGAAUCGGGAGAUAUUUUGUUCCUCAGUCGCCCUGGCAAGCCUGUGCCGGGAUUUCACUUUGGUCACGCAGUGUCACUUAUGCCCGACCUGCGUGUGCUUGCGUUGCCCCUUUCCCUGGUGGACGCUAGGAUUCACCUGAUGGGCUAUGCUGGGCCAGGCCUGUUUCCUGUGACGAUCAUGGGCCUUCACCAUGGUCCCAUUCUGUUGUACUUGCCUGGGCCUUCGCCUUCAGUUGAACAUGCCCAGAUUGUGCUCAACUCCAUCCCUGAGGCCAGCUCCGUCACGGCCAAAGUUGCUUCCACAAUCGGCCAGGGUUUGGAUAACCUCAUUGUCGUGGCGUUGGCUCCUUCCCAGCAGCAGUUGGGCAAUGCAGUGUAUAUGGACCCAUUUUACUCAACUGACAGGUUUUCCAACCCUGCCAAUGGGCACUACAUCCGCCGCACUCGGAUUUCCUUGCCAGGCGAUGGUGUGGCACUUGCUUGCAUUGCAAGAGAGGCAGCCCCUACUGCUGCCAGCCGUCGUGAUCAGACAUGUACCAGGGCGCAGCAAUUGGGCAUCUUACACCCGUCCUGCGGCACGCCUUCCGUAGCAACUCCUUUUGGGCGACGGCACUUGCCGCGCCCUGCCUCCCAUGCGGAUAAAACAGCCAUGCCCAAGGUGAUGCCCAAGGUGAUUGAGCUCAGCAAAGCGCUUCCUGAGAAGCCGGCUGGCUCCCUUGCUGAGUUCCAACAAUGGUUGCACCUGCUGAAAUUGCCCUGGCAUCAAUUUUGGCGUUCCGUUUGGGAUGGGGUCAAGCCAGUCAACAGUCUGCCCUUUCCACCUGUUGCUAGCUCUGUCGGCCUAGCCGCGAUGCGAAGAUUCCACAUCUUCACGGAUGGUUCCAAGCUUGGUUCUGGCGCGGAUGUUCAGUGCGGCUGGGGCCUUGUUCUCUGUGGCGAAGAUCCGGCCUCAGGUGCCCUCCGAUGUGGAGGUUUCUCAGGGGGUUCGCUUGAGCCUUUCCUUCGUCGCCCCCUUGGCGCCAGCCCAUCGUCCUUUGAUGCGGAAGUUGUUGCUUGCAUUGUGGCCACGUGUUGGGCCGCCUGCCUGCCUGAAGGUUCUGAGGUUAUGAUUUGGCACGACUGCCAGGGAGCCGGCUCUCUACUGGCAGGGGAUUGCAGCAGUCACGCUUCGGGCUCCACCGCCUCGCUUUUGCGGCCGUUGGCCCUCUGGUGCCAGCAUUCGGGCAUCGUUUUGCGCGUGAGCUGGGUGCCCAGUCACUCGGGGUAUUUCUUCAAUGAGCUGGUGGAUUCCGUUGCUAAGGCGGGCGCCCGUUACAGCUUCCCUGCACCUGCUUUUCCCAACGCCUUUUGGCAGCUCCUGACUUCUCCGUUUCUGCCCUGGGCCUGGCUGGGUGCUCGUGCUCAGGUGGAUCUGUUGACGGGCAUGCCCCCUCUUGAAAUUCUGGCUGCUGGGCACUACGAGCCUCGGGACCCGAUCCCCCUUGCAUGCGUGCCUGUUCCCGCCGCACCGGAGCCAGCGGCGGUGACCGCGGAUCUUCAUUUGCGCUUUCUCACCUGCAAUGUGCAAACGCUGAAAGAUAAGCGCCCACUUGUGAUGCAGCAGCUGAAGGAACGCAACGUUCAUGUUGCAGGAUUGCAGGAGACCCGGGAUGCGCUCUCUUCCCAAUGUUUUGGCAAUUGUUUCAUCGAGUUUGCAGCUGCCGCGGAUAAAGGCGAGGGCGGAGUCACGCUUUUGUUCAACCGCAGCCAGCCAUUAUGGUGCAUUGCGGUGCAGGUCCGUGCACCGCACCUCCAAAUCUUGUGCGUCUGUGCUCACGCACCCCACUCAGGGCAACCGCUGGCAACCAUCAACGAUUGGUGGAAGUGUUUUGAACAAGCACCAUGGCUCGCCAGACACAAAGGCCGAAUUGUUCUCCUGAUCGACUCCAAUGCCCAGCUGGGCUCUAUAGUUGGAGAUGCUGUGCAAGGUCAUGCAGCAGAUGAGGAAAACACCGGCGGCACCUUUCUGCGCAGCUGGGUCGAGGCCACUGACUCCUUCCUGCCUUCCACGGUUUGUGCUUCGGAUGGUCAGUGCGUGCCCAAUGCUCGUGAACCUACUUGGUUCUCUCCGAGUGGAUAUGGUUACCGCAUCGACUUCGUUGGCUUGCCGCGUGCCUGGGCGCGCUGUGCGUUCAAACCUUGCACUUGGCCAGACUUCGAGCUGCUAAACAAAGACCACAUCCCGGCCACCACGGAUGUUUCUUUGCAAAUCCAGGCGCGCCCUCAUGUUGCUCAUGGGCCCCAAACCUUUCCUCGUGACCCGGCGCAGUGGCCAGCACCAGCAAUUGAGCAGCUGAAGAGGAGCAUCCAGGACAUUCCUUCGCUGCCCUGGGAUCUCAAUGUGCAUGAGCAUGUGAGGCUUCUGCAACAUGUGAUACACCAGGCGGGCAAACAAUGCAAACCGCCGCCAAAGAGGCGUUGUCGUGCCUUCAUCUCGGAGUGCACCAGGGACCUCCUGGAUGGCACUAAGCUGUGCAAAAAACGCAUUGCCAAUCUGCAUGGGUUGGCGCGUAAGCUGGAGUCCCUGCGCAGCAAGGGUCGUGUUUGUCUUUCUUCCGAGGGAUGGACCCUGUCCGAUGUUCAGGGCAUGCUUGCCGAUCUGUGCAUUGAGCUGCGAAGCUGGCGCCGAUCUUUGCGAAGGGCCGUUGCUUGGGAUAAGUCCGGGUUUGUUAGAAAUGCGCACAAGAGGCUGCUUGACAGCUGCGAUCCCUUUGAUGCGCGCCAAUUUUUCGAUGCUGUGCGUGCACUUCGCCCUCCCGGCAAACGUGUACUCAAGCCUUUCUCCCAGCUGGUUGUUGAUGAGCAGCAGGCCUCACACCAGGACAGACUGGAUAUGCAGCAAGAUCAUUUCGCUGCGCUUGAGGCAGGUACGCCAUGCACUGCUUCUGAAUACCUCGACUCCAUCCCUGCGCCUGCUGCUGUGCCGUCCGAUUGUUUCCAGCUGCAGGAAUUGCCGACAUGGCCUAAUGUGGAGGAGGCUUUUCGGGCCUGUAAGGCGCGCAAGACGCCCGGCGCAGACCAGAUCCCCGACUGGGUCUGGCGCAUUGGACCGCAGGAUGCCACGCGCCUCUGGCUCCCUGUCUUUGCCAAGGCCCAUGUCCGCCUGAGCGAGCCUGUUCAAUUCAAACAUACCGUGCUCUUCGCUUUGUUUAAAGGUAAGGGCUCGCCGGCCGUGGUCAGCAAUUACAGGGCCAUAGCUUUGCUUUCAGGGCCUGGCAAAAUCCUCAGAAAGCAGAUGCGGGGGGCGCUGCUGCAGCAACUGCCUGAUGAUCCACUGCAGCAAGGGGGCAUUCCGCAGUCCCUGCUUCAAGGAGUGCACCAAGUUGUGAAGAUGCAAGCGGAUAUCGCUGCGGCAGUCGGUGCUUCCAACAGCGCACUAUUCCUGGAUGUCUCUUCGGCGUAUUACCGUGUGCUUAGGCAAGCUUUUCAGGGCCCCUUGGAGGAUGACCGCCAGAUUUGCCACAUACUCAGCCAGCUUGGUGUCCGACCCGAGUCGCUCCACUGCGUAUGCGACUGGCUGGCAAGCACUAACCUUGUUGAAGGGGCCAGCGCACACCAUCAACGCCUGCUUCGAGAGUAUCUUAGUGGCACCUUUUUCGCCCUUCGUGGUGGAGGCUCCCUAGUGCAUACCAGAGCUGGUACGCGUCCUGGUGACGCGAUUGCAGAUACUCUUUUCGCACUAGUGCAAGCGGACUUUUUGGCAGGAGUUCGUGACAGAAUGGAGAGUGACGGCCUGCUGGUCGACCCUGUUGUCAGCCGAGUGCAGGGUGGGCCCAAACUCCUCGCGCCGGUGUGGGCCGAUGAUUCAGUGGUGUUGCUGGCUGCGGACAAUGCUGGUCGUCUCCUCGACAAGACGAAGCGCACGGCUGGCAUUGUGCACUCCGAGUUUACUCGUCGAGGAAUGGCUCCCAACUACACCAGGGGCAAGUCUGAAGUGCUCUUUGCCUUCCGAGGCAAAGGUGCGCCCGCUCUCCGCCAGCUGCUGUUCAUUCGCCAAGGGGGUCUGGUUUCCUUCUGUUCCACGGAGGGAUCACGUCGCAUCUUUUGCACAAGGCGCUAUGUGCACUUAGGUGGCGUUGUGUGCGACCGCCGUACUGAGGCCGGCGAUAUCUGUCAGCAUCUGGCUCAGGCCCGACAUCAGAUCAAGCCAAUGCGCAGGCAGAUUCUACGGGAUCCCGGACUCCCACUGGCCACGAGACGCAUGUGCCUCUCGUCUCUUGCCCUCUCCUGCGUCGCAACCACCGCGCCAACAUGGGGGCAUCUCAACAAAGCCGAAUUGACGGCUUGGAGGCGAGGCUACGUGAACCUCUUGCGAUCCUUACACCGGGAUGAUAGAUGGACUGGCACACCCUCUCUCCCGGGUGAACGGGAUGUUUGUCUUGCUACAGGUAUGCCGUCCCCUGCUGCAUAUCUGAAAGGGCAACGGCUGAUGCACUUCAGGCGGGUCUGCCUCACACAGCCUGUUCUGGCUGACCUGCUUCUUGCAGAAUUUCAGGUCAGCAGUACCUCAUGGCUUUCGUUGCUUCAGUCGGAUGCCCUCUGGCUCUCUAAGAUGGUUAAGAUUCCAGAGAAUGCACUGUCUGAUUUCCCGCAUGGCCUGGCAGACUGGUGUGUGCAUCAUGAGGCGCCCUUCAAAACUGCCGUUCGCAAGGCUCUGCGUAAUCUCAAGGCUGUGGGAUACGAGCCUGACUGGGCUGCCCCUAGGGGUCUGUGCACGGCGACUCCAGUGGGCUUGCACAAGUGCGAGCAGUGCGACGCUUCCUUUGACACAAAGCACGCACUAGCUGCGCAUCGCUUUGCCAAGCAUGGCCAGGCAUGCAUAGCACGUGACUAUCUGCAUGGGACGGCCUGUCCUGCUUGUCUCAUGCAGUUCUGGACGACAGCCCGGGUGACGAGGCACUUGAUGCACGAUAGCCCCCAAUGCCUUCGUGCCUUGCGCGAUCAUGCUUUUGAAGGAGAUGCCGGGUCCAGAAAAGUCUGCACCGAUACUGCCGACUUGCCGGCCACUCGUCUUUACGGACCGCUCCGUCCGUUCCACGUGCAGAUUUCAGAGUUCGCAAGCCGUGCUGCCGAUGGG